AUGGCUACCCAGACCCCGGCCGUUGUCAUGGACAACGGUACCGGUUUUUCCAAACUCGGAUUCGCCGGUAACGACUCUCCCUCGUUCGUCUUUCCAACCGCAAUCGCGACCAAGGGUGCUGCUGGAGCUGCUGGAAGCUCGACAGGACGACCUGCAGUUGCAAACAAGCCCUCGUACCUAACUGGCGGUGGCGGGGCAAGCUCGCACCUGUCUACGAAGCGGGGGACUGAGGAUCUGGACUUCUUCAUCGGUGACGAGGCGCUAGCAGCUGCGAACGGCCCUGGUUAUGGUAUCAACUACCCUAUCCGCCAUGGUCAGAUUGAGAAUUGGGACCACAUGGAGCGGUUCUGGUCGAACUCCAUCUUCAAAUACCUGCGAGUCGAGCCAGAAGACCACUACUUCUUGCUCACUGAGCCUCCUCUGAACCCCCCUGAGAACCGAGAGAACACUGCCGAGAUCAUGUUCGAGUCGUUCAACUGUGCCGGUUUAUACAUUGCCGUUCAGGCCGUCCUUGCCCUGGCGGCAUCAUGGACCUCUUCCAAGGUCACGGACCGAUCUCUUACCGGUACUGUGAUUGACUCUGGUGACGGUGUUACCCAUGUCAUUCCCGUCGCGGAAGGCUACGUCAUUGGAUCCUCCAUUAAGAGCAUUCCCAUUGCGGGUAGAGAUAUUACCUACUUCGUCCAGAGCUUGCUCCGUGAUCGAGGUGAGGCUGACAGCAGCCUGAAGACUGCGGAGAAGGUCAAGGAAGAAUACUGCUACGUGUGCCCGGAUAUUGUCAAGGAAUUCGCCCGGUACGACAGGGAACCGGACCGAUUCCUGAAGCAUACCGUUACUUCCCCGAACGGCCGUUCUGUGACCAUCGAUAUCGGAUAUGAAAGAUUCCUCGCCCCGGAGAUCUUCUUCAACCCUGAAAUCUAUUCCUCUGACUUCCUUACGCCGCUCCCUGUCGUCGUUGAUGGUGUUAUUCAGUCAUCGCCUAUCGAUGUCCGAAGAGGUCUUUACAAGAACAUCGUUCUUUCUGGUGGUUCGACCCUCUACAAGGACUUUGGACGUCGUCUCCAGCGUGAUAUUCGACACCUCGUGGAUGCUCGUAUUCGCGCAUCAGAGGCACGCAGCGGUGGAGCAAAGAGUGGUGGUCUCGAUGUCGCGGUCGUCACGCACAAGCGCCAAAGGCACGGACCGUGGUUCGGAGGCAGUCUGCUUGGCCAGACGCCAGAAUUCAGAAGCUACUGCCACACCAAGGCCGAGUACGAUGAGAUUGGACCCAGCAUCGUCCGGAGAUUCGCGCUGCUGGGUGGACCGGGAAGCUCUUAG